AUUCGACGCUAUGGCUCUACGCUCGCAACUCCUGCGCAAAGUCUUCAAUGGCAUUCAAGUGCGUAAUCUUCAUGAGUUGAAUAAUAAAGAGCGCGCAGGGGUUACGAAACUAAGAGAAGUAUUGGACGAUCGUCUGAAGGAAAUCAAGAAGGCCAAGACUUGGAAACAUGAGAGAGUGCUCACAUCCCCACAACAAGCCAAGGUGACUGUUCAAGGUGCCAAAGGCAAAUAUUUGAAUUUCUGCGCAAACAAUUAUUUAGGAUAUUCUAAUCACCCCGAAGUGGUAGAGGCAGCUAGAGAAAGCCUAGACAAAUAUGGCGCAGGGCUCAGCUCUGUACGAUUUAUCUGCGGUACGCAAACAUUGCAUAAGGAAUUGGAACAGCGUUUGGCACAAUUCCACGAGCGUGAAGACGCUAUCCUGUACGGGUCGUGCUUCGACGCCAACGCGGGAUUGUUCGAAGCGAUGCUUACGCCCGAGGACGCGGUGUUCUCUGACGCCCUCAACCACGCCUCUAUCAUUGACGGCAUACGUCUCUGUAAAGCGCAGAAAUACCGGUACCCGCACAGAGAUCUUAACGAGUUGGAACACCUCCUGGCUCAUAGCGAAGCUCGUAUCAAGUUAAUAGUGACUGACGGGGUGUUUUCCAUGGACGGAACAGUAGCUCCUAUAAAGGGCCUGCGUGAUUUAGCAAACAAGUACAGGGCGUUGCUCGCGGUAGAUGAUAGCCAUGCUACCGGUUUCUUCGGAGACAAAGGACGAGGUACGGAGGAGUAUUGCGGCAUGUUCGGCGCUGCGGACAUCAUCUGCUCGACGCUCGGCAAGGCGGUGAGCGGUGCGUCCGGCGGGUACACGACGGGCCCCAAAGAGCUCGUCACACUGUUGAGGAACGUCUCCAGGCCGUAUCUGUUCUCCAACUCGCCGCCGCCGCCAGUUGUAGGCGCGGCGUUGAAGGCCCUUGACCUGGUGGAGCGUAGCGGCGAUCUUCGGCAAAGACUUCGCGAAAACACGAGCGCAUUCAGAACGGGACUACAGAAGGCAGGACUCACGGUAGCCGGCGACGACCACCCCAUAUGCCCCGUCAUGGUGGGAGACGCACCAUUGGCCGUGGAACUAGCGUCCGGCAUGUUGGGGCUUGGAAUCUACGUGAUAGCGUUCAGUUAUCCAGUAGUCCCGAAAGGCGCCGCUAGAGUGCGCGUACAAUUGAGCGCGGCUCACACACCGCAGGACGUUGAGCGAGCUGUCAACGCUUUCGCCGAGGUCGGGAAGAAAAUAGGCCUCGUCUAAAUCUAAUGCUGGAGACUAAUAUAUAUAUGACUUAAAAUGAUAUUUAAGGAGCUGGUGAAUAAAACGGUAGAAUUACGCUUCUGGUAAAACUACUUCUUUUGCAGUCCGGAGGUUUCCAGCCCGUUUAAUUUGAAUCUCAAUAAAUUUCAAUCAAAACCGCCUAAAACAGUGUUAAAAUUACAAAAUUUAUAAAUUAAAAACCAUGCCAAAAGCUCACUGUAGGUAUGUCAUUCAGUUUUAUACAGCUCUUGUAAAAAUGUAUUUAAUGUAAUUAUAAUACCGUUUUGUUCGCCAACUCCUCAUAUAUGAUGAAUGAUGACUGUAAUCGACCUUUUUUGGUAACAUGAUAUGACCUAUACAAUCUUUACUACGGAAUAGAUAAAAAGGUUUGGGACGGCAUGUUGUGGGCGUGACACGAGUGUAUAAACAUUUAAGCACUACAAAAGAUCCAUACAGGCAGAAGAUCAGAUUUCUCGUUUUUUUCACUGUGCGUGAAGUGUAGCAGCGAUACUAGUUUUAAUGCAAAAUAUGAAUGAUAGACUUUCCAUACACAUGGAACUUUUUAUCUAUAAAUCAUAUUCAUGAUCAAUAUAGUUUAUUGAAUAUGAUUAUCUAUUCCGACAUCUAUACAAAAUAAGAAAAAAAUCCACUCGGACCAGGCAACAGACGGGACUACAACCCUCACCCUUCGUUAUCCGGGCGAAUGCACUAAACAUUAUACUACCGAUGGCCGUGUCGAAUUUACUCUAGCAUUUCUUAGGGUGCAAGGCAGCACCUGGUCCACGUGGAAUUUUUUUAUAGUAAUGUUUUCUUUAGAUCUAAAG